GGGUUGUUUCAGCGAAUAUCCUCAGAACAGACUUAACUGAACUAGUAAAUAGUGCUUGGUCGACAUGAAGGUCUUGAUUUUCUUGAUGCUCGUCGCUGCGGUCGUCGCAGAAGAAGAGAAGGCCCCCAAAAAGCGCGGUCUUUUUGGCCUCGGCUACGGCUACGGCGACUACGGUCACGGUUUAGACCACGGAUACUACGGACACGAUUUGGGACACCAUGAACAUCACACCGUACAUGUCAAAGCUGUUCCAGUUCCAUACCCGGUUCCAAAACCAUACCCAGUUCAUGUGGACCGUCCCUACCCCGUCAAGGUCCCAGUAGACCGACCUUACCCAGUACCAGUUAAGGUUCCAGUUCCCCAGCCGUACCCAGUGAUCAAGACCAAGACGGUUCAUGUCCCAGUCGACAGACCCUACCCAGUACCAGUUAAGGUUCCAGUACCUGCGCCCUACCCCGUAAAGGUACCUGAACCCCAUCCAGUACCAGUAGCCGUCCCACACCCAGUUUACAUCAAAGAAAAGGUCCCAGUUUACGUCCACGGACACGGACACGACUACGGACACGGUUUCGAGCACGGUUACGGACACCUUUACUAAACCAUGAUGCAUAAAAAUCAACAAACUUAAAUCUCAAUUCAUUCCUACAGUAUUUUUCAAAUAAAUAUUAAUUGUAAUGAUAAUUAUUAAUUAUUAAUGAUAAAUAAUAUCUGACACCAAAUCAUCGAAAUGAAAGCAUCAUUCAUUAUUAAUAUUGUGAAAAUGCAAGACACUAGCUUUGAGCUCGCAGUGUAAUACAAUAGCAAAUUGAUCAAUAAAUUUAUUAAUGUUUUCUUAAUAAAA